AUGGAGCAGAUUAAGCAAGUAUUUUCAUAUGCGAAGCAGCAGAACCGCGCUGUUUUGGGGGCCUAUGUUACCGCAGGAUAUCCCAUUGUCGAAGAGACAGUAGAUAUUCUCCUUGGCCUGGCGAAUGGUGGUGCCGAUAUGAUCGAACUGGGUGUCCCAUUCACCGACCCAAUUGCAGAUGGUCCAAUCAUCCAGGAAGCCAAUGCGAAAGCUCUAACCAAUGGCGUGACAAUUUCGUCUGUGUUGAAUAUAGUGCGCGAAGCAAGGCAUCGAGGGCUCCAGAUUCCCGUUCUGCUAAUGGGUUAUUAUAACCCGAUACUGCGUUACGGUGAGGAACGCAUGCUGGAAGACUGCAAAGAGGCGGGUGUCAACGGGUUUGUAAUCGUGGAUCUUCCUCUUGAGGAAGCCAUUCGAUUCAGAAGACUCUGCGCGAGCAAUGGGCUUUCUUACGUUCCCCUCAUUGCUCCCUCCACCUCCGAUUCUCGCAUGAAACUCCUGUGCAGUAUAGCCGAUUCGUUCAUCUAUGUUGUAUCAAGAAUGGGCGUGACUGGUGCAACUAAGAAACUAAACUUGAACCUUCCUGAACUUCUAAGCCGGGUCCAUACUUGGUCUGGAGAUGUACCAUCCGUGAUUGGCUUUGGUAUCAGUACGCGCGAACAUUUCUUGUCUGUACAUAACAUCGCCGAAGGUUGUGUGAUUGGCAGUCAAAUAAUCACCACAUUACGCGAGGCACCUACUGGCCAAGCAGCUAAGCAUGUCGAACAGUAUCUAUCGAGUAUCACCGGGCGAAAUCAUGGAAGAGAUUCACAGGAGAUGCUGACCCAGCCACUUUCGCCUGUUCCGCAGCCAAAAGCCAUCCUCGCCGAAAAUGUUACUCCCAACAGCCUGUCACUGAUCGAUCCACUCGACACAAUUCACUCCGCUGCACAAUCGUCGCGCUUUGGUGAGUUCGGCGGUCAAUACGUUCCUGAAGCCCUGAUGGGUUGUCUCGCCGAGCUAGAGAGAGGCUUCGAGGAAGUACGACAGGAUCCUAGUUUUUGGGAAGAAUACCGUUCCUACUACCCUUAUAUCGGUAGACCCAGCCCUCUCUGUUUUGCAAAACGGCUUACUGAACAUGUCGGCGGUGCGAAUAUCUGGAUUAAACGAGAAGAUCUCAACCAUACUGGAAGCCACAAGAUCAAUAAUGCCUUGGGUCAGAUCCUUCUGGCUCGACGGCUGACUAAAACUCGCAUUAUUGCUGAAACUGGUGCUGGUCAACAUGGAGUCGCAACUGCAACUGUGUGUGCGAAGUUUGGAAUGAAGUGCACCGUUUAUAUGGGUGCUGAGGAUGUCCGUCGGCAAGCCUUGAAUGUGUUCCGUAUGAAGCUUCUUGGUGCCGAGGUAGUGGCUGUUACCAGUAAAACGGGAAGCUGUACUCUACGUGAUGCCGUUAAUGAAGCUCUACGGGCAUGGGUUACUAACCUCGAGGAUACACAUUAUAUCCUUGGUUCUGUUGUUGGACCACAUCCUUUCCCAACAAUUGUACGCACCUUUCAAUCUGUGAUUGGCGAAGAGACCAAACAACAAAUGAAAGAAUCCGUUGGCAAGCUUCCCAAUGCUGUUGUUGCAUGCGUUGGAGGUGGCAGCAAUGCAUCUGGCAUGUUCUAUCCCUUUUUACAUGAGUCAGGCGUCCAGCUUUUAGGCGUGGAAGCUGGUGGAGAUGGUCUCGAUACGUCUCAUCAUUCAGCAACGCUUUCUGCGGGCAGUAAGGGUGUGCUUCAUGGAGUCUACACCUAUCUUUUGCAGGAUGAACAUGGUCAGGUUUCUGGAACGCACUCUAUCUCUGCUGGUAUGGACUAUCCAGCCGUGGGACCAGAGUUGAGCUCUUGGAAAGACAGCGGGCGGGCUCGGUUUAUUGCUGCCACAGACGCCCAAGCUCUAGUCGGCUUCCGGGCAUUGGCAGAGCAUGAAGGUAUUAUCCCGGCUUUGGAGUCCUCGCAUGCCGUAUUUGGCGCCAUGGAACUAGCCAAAACGAUGAAGAAAGGGGAAACGGACAUUGUCCUGAAUCUUAGUGGCAGAGGCGACAAGGAUGUUCAAAGUGUUGCUGCUGCUCUGCCACGGUUGGGGCCUGUUAUCGGAUGGGACUUGAGAUUUUGA